UGGCGCCCCGCUGCCGCCCACACUCCGGGUCCCGAUCCCCGAUUCCCGGGCUGCCUGGCUACGCUGGCGGGUGGGCGGCGCGGGGACGCCGAGGGGCAGGAGCGCGGCUGAGAGCGCCUCAUCGCGGCCUCUGGGCGCCGUGACCGGGCCCAGACUGACCCCCGCACCUUUGCUCACCAAUUCCCAGUACCCUGGAGCUGAGGCCAGACACCUCCUAAUGCCCUAGAAGGUUACCGAUGGCUUCCCGGCUCUUUGCAGACUUUAGCGCCUUGCAGACCCACUUGAGGCCACUUCCUUCACCCCCACCCCCACCCCCCCAUUCCACCCCCAGGCCAUUACCAGCCACUCUUGACUCCCCCUGCUUGUUACUGCCACUUCCUAGGCUGUCAGACCCUUCUCUGGACUCAUCCCAACACCUUCCCUACCCCAAGGCCAUUUCCGGCCUCUUCCGGACCUUUCAGAGAUAAGAGACUGGACCUUUCGCAGUGUAGGGCCCAGUCCUGUGGAAACAAGGGACAAAGGGUUUCAGGCUGCUGUCCUGCUUCCAAGAGCUUAGAUGCCUCUCCACAGGCAUCUAAAUAUGAUUCAGAGAAUACCAUUACUGGGACCCUAUGGAGGCCGACCUCAAGAUAUCUAGAGCCCGGAAAAGACAGAUUGUACAGGCCUUCAGAGAUUCAGUGGGGUCCCUUCUAGACGCUUUGAUCUACCAAAGGAGCUUUAAAAAACUCUGUUGUGUUCCCCCAGGAGGAUGCCAGAUGUGCCAAGGCACUGAUGUUUAACAGGAAGCUUCAAAACUUUUAAAAGAACCUCCGGAAUCGCUUUGAACCAGACAAGCUAUCAGAUAAGAAAUCACCCCCAGAACACCGCCUUCAUCGUGCACCUCCCCUGUUGGGCUUUCCUGUCGAACGGUUUUUUGAAGAGCUUAAUUUUGCAGAGAGCCAGGGAACUGAUGCUCACAGAACCACAUUAGAGGAUCUGACUUUUUCUGUAGAAUUCUCUUGCUUUAUUAUAUCCUCUCCCAGAGUUUUAAGAGGCAUGGAGGUAUUUAUGGACCUGAGGGCCUUCAAGGAGGGAAGUAGCACUUUCAUGCUGAGUGAAAACUAAGCAAGUAACAGUUGUGACUGAAAAACACCCAAACCUCCCACAUCCGGAUUCAUAGGAACAGGGACACAGAGGAACGGUCACUGCUGGGGAGAAAGAAGCCAGAACUAGAAAAGAAGACCCAAAUAAAGAGAAUGAGGGCGACUGGGAUGUAAAUGGCCGCCUCCACCUCAACAGAGACGAAGUCAGCCUCCUGGUGGAACUAUUUUUUCCUUUAUGAUGGUUCAAAGGUAAAGGAAGAAGGUGAUCCAACAAGAGCUGGCAUUUGUUAUUUUUAUCCGUCUCAGACCCUGCUUGACCAACAGGAGUUGCUUUGUGGACAGAUUGCUGGAGUUGUCCACUGUAUUUCAGACAUCUCCGGCUCUCCUCCCACCCUCAUUCGUCUGCGGAAACUUAAGUUCGCCAUAAAGGUUGACGGAGAUUACCUUUGGGUGCUGGGCUGUGCUGUGGAGCUCCCUGAUGUCAGCUGCCAGCAGUUUCUGGGUCAGCUCAUCGGCUUCUUUAAUUUUUACAAUGGACCUGUUUCUCUGGCUUACAAGAACUGUUCUCAGGAGGAACUGAGUGCCGAGUGGGACACCUUUAUUGAACAAAUUCUGAAGAACACCAGUGACCUGCAUAAGAUAUUCACUUCCCUCUGGAACUUGGACCGAACUAAAGUGGAGCCCCUGCUCUUGCUGAAGGCGGCCCUCAUCCUCCAGACGUGCCAGCGCUCCCCUCACGUUCUAGCUGGCUGCAUCCUCUAUAAAGGACUGAUUGUCAGCACCCAGCUCCCACCCUCCCUCACUGCCAAGGUCCUGCUUCAUCGAGCCGCACCUCGGGACCAGAGAAUACCUACAGCAGGGGAUGUCCUGCAGGAAUGUGGAGUUGCGCUCCCCCCGAAUGUCCACAUCAUCCCGGUUUUCGUGACAGAAGAGGAAGCCACCUGUCUCUCUGAGUUCCCAGGGGAGCAGAUGACUAGCUCUCCUGCAUCUCCAGCCAGAUUCCAGGAGUGCUCAGCCCGGCACCUUCCAAAGGGGGCCCUGACAGACGAUGCCCCCGGGCCUGAGGAAUCCACGGCCCGGACGUGGGCAGCCAGCCCCGGGCCCAGGCUCCCUGAUGCCGCUCGGUCGAAUGGCAGGGGCGAGAAUGGACACUUCUCUGGCUGUGACCUGGGGAGCAUCCAGCCUACAACACUGCACAGCGCUGCCAGGCACGAGGAUCCUGGUCUCGGCUGCUCCCCGGGGAAGGAGCCUGGUUUGUCCAGGGGGAAAGAGGACGUGGACUUAUCCGAAAUCCACAUUCCAGAAGCUCAGGAAACGGAAACAUCCUCAGGUUAUCUCACCUCAAGUGUGUGUGUCCCAGAUGGCCCUGGUCCUUGUCUCAAGGAAUCUAUCAGCAAGGAGUCCGUCAACGACUCUGGCAACCCGGAACCCAGGCCGCCCAGGGCCCCGCCUGUGGGCACAGCCAUCAGAGGGCUGUCUCCCUCCGCUCCGGACAAGCUUACUCAGAAUGGAGCCCUAGAGCAGCGCAAAGACCUUCCCGGGGACAGCAGCCAGGCCCCCAGUAGAAGGAGCAGGCCAUUGUCAUUGCCUCACCUAGAUUUGAGGCAGAGGGGAGCUAAGCUUCCCCUGGGGGGACAAGGCACGGAGCCGUGUGUGGAUGGGGUACCUGAGAACCACCCAGACUCUGGCCUGGAAUGCCAAUCAAGCUCUGCUGACUCUCUGGGCAACGCCCCCUUUGCGGACAGCACUGGCUCCAGGUUGACACCAGCAUCCCGUGGAGGACUGGUACGCAAGAACCUCUAUACUCACAGUGUCAAAGGGCUGGUUCUGUCCCUGCUGGCUGAGGAGCCGCUGCUGGGAGACAGCGCAGCCAUCGAGGAGGUGUACCACAGUAGCCUGGCGUCCCUGAAUGGGCUGGAGGUCCACCUGAAGGAGACGCUGCCCAAAGACCAGCCCACCGCCGCCAGCAGAACCUACAACUUCGUGCAUUAUGACCGCAUUCAGAACGUGCUGGCAGCAAACGUGCCUCAGGUGGCCACCCCCCAGGAUCACCGCUUCCUCCACGCCGUCAGCCUGAUGCAUGCUGACUUCGCCCAGCUGCCCUCGCUGUACGAGAUGACCGCCAGAAAUGCCUCCACAGCCGUGUAUGCCUGCUGCAACCCCGUCCAGGAAACCUACUUCCAGCAGCUGGCGUCGGCAGCGCGGAGCUCCGGCUUCCCAAGCCCUCAGGACGGCGUCUUCAGCCUCCCAGGCAGAGCCAAGCAGAAGCUGCUGAAGCAUGGGGUGAACUUACUUUGAACUGGGCCGCAGUGGGAGGGUCAUUCCCCCAGGAGACGACCAUCAAAUCGAGUACCAGCAAGGAAACUCUGCCUUUUCAAACGCAAAAAAGCCCUUCCCUUUUAUUUUCCUGGGACUAGUCCCUUUCUUAGGAACGUAAUGGUGUUUGAGUGUCCGUGACCCCUUUUGCAGGUUAGGGGGUAAGCAGUCAGGUCUUCAGGUCCACAGACCUAGAGCACCUGAGAAAGACCAUUAUCACGCUGGCAGUGUGGGGCCUGCCAAAGCGGGGCAGGGCCAGUUAUUUAAUAGUUUCCUGAGGCAUGUGUCUGUCCAGCCCUGUCUCCAGGGGGAGGUCUGAGGUGUGAGCGCACAGUGAGGAGAUGGGCUUGUCAGCAAACAGAGCGGAACUCACAGAACUCACACUUCUCAGACUGUCUUCAGAGCGGUCCUCCUGGGAGGCUGCAUACUGAACUCAGGGAACGUCAGGGAGGCUGGGACCACCUUGUUGGGAUUCUUCUGGAACUGGAUUCAAAACCAGGAGCCUGUUCUUUGGAAUACCACGGGGGGGGGGGG